UGUCUGCAGUGUGUUUUGGACCUCUGAGUGAGAGGAGUGAGAGCCACCCUCAGAGACACUGCCUGCCCUCGGGUCCUUUCCCCUGGGUCCCAUUGCUACUCGAGGCCUGGUCCUAGGCCUGGCUCUAGUGGAGCAGCGGUUGCUAGGAGACGGAGGCGGCGGCCUGGUACACAGACAGCAGCGCAAAGCGAGCCAGGAGCAGAGGCCCAGCCCUCAGCCUCCUUCCCUUCCCAUCUCUGGGGGGCUGCGCUGCUUUCCCCGAAAUGGCUGAGGAAAGGUAUGACAAGCCUGCAAUAGAAGAAAAUGUCUUUGAAGCCUUGGAAAAAGACUUCCAAGAAGUCAUCAGUGAGCUUACAGGAGAUCAAAGCUUGGAAAAAUUCCGUGUGGAAUAUGAGAAACUUCAUGCAGUACUGAAAAAAUCCUAUGAGAAUGAAAAGCGCCUCAUGGCAAAAUGCAGGGAAUUGAAUGCAGAAAUUGUGGUGAACUCUGCUAAAGUGGCUACUGCUCUGAAACUUUCUCAGGAUGAUCAGACAACCAUAGCAUCAUUGAAAAGGGAGAUUGAAAAGGCCUGGAAAAUGGUAGAUGCAGCUUAUGAGAAAGAACAGAAAGCAAAAGAAACAAUCAUAUCUCUUAAAGAAGAAAUCUUGAACUUGACUAAAUUAGUGGAGCAAGGAUCUGGCUUAUCAUUGGGUCAAGAACAUAACAUGAGGGAAUUGCUAAAGUUUAAGGAGGAAGUAACAAAAGAACGGGACCAGCUAUUGGCAGAAGUUGUAAAGUUACGUGAAAAUGUAACAAAUAUGUCAGAUCAACAGCAAGAGGCAGAAAAGACAAAAUUCGAGGCAGAAUCCACCAUUGCUCAGCUCCAACAGGAAAUCCAGAUGCGUCAGAAUGAAGCUUCACGGGAUGCUCGAAGGAAAGACAAAAUGGAGAGAGAACUGAAACAGCUUCAGACGGAAUUGGACAAUAAAGCAAGUGAUAUAAAGACAAUGCAGCAGGGCAUGAAUAGGACCAAAGAGGAGCUCCUGAAGCUUGAACAACUUCUCAAAGAGCAAAAGAUCGUGAAUGAAAGAGUCUCAAAGGAUCUAGACCAAUGUAUAGCAAAAAAUGCCAAGCUCCAGCAAGAGAAUGAACAGCACACCUUGACUGUUGAACAACUCACCCAAGAAAAUCAGCAGAAGACCACAGAGCUGAGAUUACGAGAAGAUGAGGUUUCUCAGAUGCGUCAAGAGAUUGCAAAGCUUACCAAAAUGAGAGAGGUUAUGCAGCGAAAAUUACGUGUUGUAGAAGAGCACAAAACACAGGCAGAACAUGAAAGGGAUACUCUUAAAAACCAGAUAAAUGGGCUUGAAAAAGAGCUGGAAGCUUCCAAAAAGCAAGUAGAGAUUGAUAAGAAAGCUAUAGAUGAGCUUGUGAGAGAAAGGGACAUAUUGAACAAGAACUUGCUGAAGGCUGCUAGUGUCACUCAAAAACAGAUGAACCUUGUUAAGCUCCAUGAACAGUCAAAGAAGAACCUAGAAGAAGAAAUUCAGAAUUAUAAGGAGGAGGCUCUUAAACAGAGGAAGAUUAUUUAUCAGCUGGAGAAGGAGAGAGACCGCUAUAUCAAUGAAGCUAGUGAUCUCACACAGAAGGUCCUAUACCACAUGGAAGAUAUCAAAGUACGGGAAAUGCAGAUUUUUGAUUAUAAAAAGAAGAUAGCAGAGUCUGAAACAAAAUUAAAACAACAACAGAAUCUCUACGAAGCUGUGAGAUCAGACAGAAAUCUCUACAGUAAGAACUUGAUUGAAGCUCAGGAUGAGAUCAAUGAGAUGAGAAAGAAACUGAAGAUUAUGACACACCAGGUAGAUCAGCUGAAAGAAGAGAUCUCUGCUAAAGAGGCAGCUCUUGUGAAAGUGCAUCUGGACCACCAACGGAUAGAAAAAGAAAAAGAGGCCUUGAAGAGUGAACUGCUUAAAAUGAGACAACAAGCUCUGGAGACUAAACAUUUUAUUGAAAAACAAGAGGAGGAAGAAAGAAAACUCUUGAAAAUUAUUUCUGAAGCUGAUGCAGAGAGAAUGAGGCAGAAGAAAGAACUAGACCAGGUUAUUAGUGAAAGAGACAUCCUGGGAAGCCAGCUGGUCCGGCGCAAUGAUGAAUUGGCUCUUCUAUAUGAGAAGAUCAAAAUCCAGCAAUCAAUUCUGAAUAAGGGAGAAAUGCAAUAUCGGCAAAGAGUGGAAGACAUCCGACUUCUCAAGUUGGAGAUCAAAAAACUUCGUCGGGAGAAGGCAAUACUUGGCAAGAGCGUGGCUAAUGUGGAAGAACUCAGGCAGGAAGUUUAUCAUAUGCAGAAGGAGUUACUGAAAGAACGAACUCGCUGUAAAGCCUUGGAAGAAGAACUAGAGAAUCCUAUGAAUGUUCACAGAUGGAGGAAAUUAGAGGCCAGUGACCCAAGUACCUAUGAACUGAUACAGAAGAUACAUGCACUGCAGAAACGGCUUAUCAGCAAGACAGAAGAAGUAGUUGAAAAAGAGUUGCUCCUCCAGGAAAAAGAGAAGCUGUAUGUGGAACUGAAGCACCUCUUAGCCCGUCAGCCUGGUCCAGAAGCAGCAGAGCAGUUGCAGUUGUAUCGACAUACCUUACGGGAGAAAACCAAGCAACUUAAAGUUUUGUCUUCGGAACUGAACAUGUAUGAAUCACAGAGUCAAGAAUACAAAUAUGAAAUUGAAAGACUUGCCAAUGAACUUCUGAACGUAAAGAAGAAAUACCUCACUCAGAAACGCAAGGAACAUGAAAACAAGGAGAAGGAAAGAGCCUUGAAUAACAUGGAACAUGACUUCUCAGGACAGAGGACAAGAGUUCCACGGUACACUGGUGGUGGUUUCCCACUUAGUAACCCACCUCCUAAAAUUGUGGCCUAAAUCACUGAAUCAUCGCACCUCAUCAUCUGCUUUGGUACCUUCUGAACUAAACUUGUUUUUGGAAAUAUAUUGCAUAAUAUAUUAUUUCUUUUAAAGUAACAUAUAGUAAAAUACUUCCUUGAGAUCACUGGUAAGAGGUUAAGUUUGAAAAGAACAUUUGUAAUAAUGAUGUCACUCCACAUUCUAUAAUGACAAGUCAAGUCAAUACUCCAUUUAAAGCAAUAUUAUGCUGCAAGGGACCCUUGAUUUAAAGUAAACUCUGUUGAAACUUACGACGCUCAUUUCCAAGUAAAUACACUGAAAAUUGAUGUUAAACUGGUUAACUUGAUGCAUAGUAUUAUAUUUCUUCAGUUCAUCUCUUUCUAAAUAUACCCCCUGAAGGUGCACAAAAAACCAAGAACAUUUAUAUUCUCCAUCAAAAGGAGCUAAAUUUGUCACCUUAAUGAAACAUUAAUUUAUGAAAGUGUAAGGUCAGGUGUUAUACAAUUGAAAAGUUCAUUAGGGCAAGAGUAGGCAAUUUGGUACCUACCAGAUGUUUUGGUUUUCACAGUUGGAAAUGCUGGCUAGAGCUUAUGGAAGCUGUAGUCCAAGGUAUCUGUAGGACACCAGUUUGACUACCUCUGUGUUAGGGAAAACAGAAAGAUGUCAGGAAUAUGGAGGGAACUCUAGCAAAUGCAGGUUCUUUUUAUAAAUACCAAGUGGGAUUGAAACAUCUUUGACUGUAUUUAGACUGUUCUUAUUUUCUUGUGUAGCAAACCUGGAGACUAAAUAUAACCAACUUACACCUGUUAGAAUGAAGGCACCAAGUUAGUUUUGCAGCAUUUAAAAAUUGUUUACAUAUGAAGCCUUACCUGCUUCUCCACAAUGAAACUCUUUCAACCAUUCAGAAAUUGGGUAUCACACAUUAAAAAGCCAUAUGACAGAGGCACUGUGUGAGUUGCUAAAGGAUGGUGGUGGGAACUUAAAAUAAAAUGUUUUAAAAUUG